ACGUAUUAGUGAUGCACCCAACAUGUAAAAAGCCCUCGAGACUAGAAUAAAAGUUGCUCGUUAGCAGGCGUUUCUGCAAUAUCCUCGGAAAUGUUUUUCUCCUUGUGCUGAUACCGAAACGUGAAUCAGUUUUGUGUGCAUUUGCAAAUAUUUAUGGUGCGUUUUCAAUAAUCUGUCUGGUCUCGUGAGAUAAUUUUGCUUUCCAGCACAAUUUGCGAAUGUUACUAGCCAUAUAUCCUAGCAAGCUAGCUACAACAAUCCACUCCCUUUUAGUUAGUAGUCGACUACAGUCUUUCACAGUGUGUCCGUGGUCUUUCUAAAGGCUGGAGUAGACAUGGCUAAUCAGCAAAAUGAGUCUCCUGGGCUGGGCAAGAGGGCUGCAGCAGGUGUGGCUGUUUACAAAGUACGAGAGGCUGCAAUGGCUAUUCUGCAAACAGAACCUACUGGUAACCUGAAAAUAAACAAACGGAGUGUUCCAUCAAAUCCUUUUGUCAUACCAGAACCUUCCCUAAAGCCAUACAAGCGGCAUCCCACUCUGAUAUUGCCACCUUCGCAUAGCGCCAACCCGGUUGGAGGGUUUACCUGUGAGGUGUGCGGCCAGAACUUCUUCUCUUUUCCUCAGAUGGUGAGACACAAACAGUUUCAUGACGAAGAGCGGCCUUUUCCCUGCGGUGUGUGUGGGAAGCGUUUCCUGAGCCGCAGCCACUACACCGAGCACCAGCGGGUGCACACCGGGGAGCGGCCUUUCCCCUGCGACCAGUGUGAGCGCUCGUUCACCACACACCAUAACCUCAAGCGUCACCAGACCAUCCACGCCAAGGAGGAGGCGUACCGCUGCCGGAAGUGUGGCGUGCUGUUCUGCCAGCGCCACGAGUACCCCAGAGGAAUACCCCGACCCGACCUUGAGCCCCGGCCUGGGUUUGAGUCCAUGACCACCAUGCAACCCACACCUACCAUUCAGGUUACACUCACACCCAGGCAACUUGAAAAGCUUAACAAAAAGAAGAAAAAGAAGAAGAAGAAAAAGAGCCAUGAUCUCUCAACCAAGCGUGAUCAUUCUAAGAAGAAAAAAAUUGCGAAGCACCCGGUCUCAAUGGAGAGGGUACAUUCUGUGCCUCAAAAUGAACUUUGGCCUGUAAUGUCGCCUAGAGACAAAUUGCUAAAAGUUGCCUAUGACAUUGAGGUUAUUCUGUGAUCCCAGAUGAUGGUGAUGAUGAUGAUGAUGAUACAAUUGAAUAAUAAUUUGGAUCAUGAUAAAGAUUUAAUGUUUCUGUUUCUUCAAAGUUCUGGACAAUUUCAGAAAGAAGCAAUACCUCAACACUUGCAUAAUGAUUUGUAUUUCUUUGUUAAUUUCCACCACUGAUCAUGAUUUGUAAACAUUGUCAAACAUUUAAAAUGAUUUUCCCUUUGAGAUCAUUAGUGGUUUUGUAUUUAUUUUGUAAAAUUAAUUCAAUUAUGUUUUGCUCUGUUGCCAAAGAACGGCAGAUUAGAAUGUCUAUACAUUAUUAACCCAGCUAUAAAUCUCUGUUACAAAUAACACAUUUACAUAGGUUGUGAUGAUAGAGCCUUGUAGGGUUUAAGUCAGGGUUUUUCUGAUUAUUCCUAAAUGUACCUCUUCUUAUUUCAUAGGAUCAGGUGAAACACUAAAUCUCUAGUCUGUGUAAGUGGAUAAUGCUGUUAUAUUUGGGCAAAUAUUAAAAUUCUAUAGUCUCUGACUGAAAGCUGCAUUUAUCUCA